AUGAGCCAGCAGGAUGUGGUCGCUGUGCUUUCAGAACGCCUUCUCAUAGCUGCGUACAAAGGCCAAGCGGAUAAUGUGGUGCAGCUUAUCAACAAGGGUGCCAAGGUAGCCGUUACCAAGCAUGGCCGGACACCACUACAUCUUGCUGCCAAUAAAGGCCACCUUCCUGUUGUCCAGAUCUUGUUGAAGGCAGGCUGUGACCUGGAUGUCCAGGAUGAUGGGGAUCAGACUGCACUGCACCGAGCCACUGUUGUAGGGAACACCGAGGUCAUAGCCGCUCUCAUUCAGGAGGGAUGUGCUUUGGACAGACAAGACAAGGAUGGGAAUACCGCUCUUCAUGAAGCGUCCUGGCAUGGCUUCAGCCAGUCUGCCAAGCUUCUCGUUAAAGCAGGAGCCAACGUGCUUGCCAGGAACAAGGCAGGGAACACCGCUCUGCACUUGGCUUGUCAGAACAGUCAUUCCCAGAGCACCCGGGUUCUUUUGCUGGGAGGAUCUCGACCUGACCUCAAAAAUAAUGCAGGAGAUACCUGUUUGCACGUUGCCGCUCGCUAUAAUCACUUGUCCAUCAUUAGGGUUCUCCUCAGUGCUUUCUGUUCUGUCCAUGAAAAGAACCAGGCCGGGGAUACAGCUCUUCACAUUGCUGCUGCACUAAACCACAAAAAAGUGGCUAAAAUUUUACUGGAAGCAGGCGCUGAUGGGACAAUUGUCAACAACGCUGGUCAGACUCCACUAGAGACAGCCCGGCACCACAAUAAUCCUGAAGUUGCUCUUCUCCUCACCAAAGCACCACAAGUCUUGCGCUUCAGUCGUGGGAGAAGCCUACGAAAAAAGAGAGACAGGCUCAAGGAGGAGAGGAGAGCUCAGUCUGUGCCACGAGAUGAGGUGGCCCAGAGCAAGGGAAGUGUCUCAGCAGCAGACACUCCCAGCAGUGAGCAAGCCACUCAGAUGAAAGGAGAGGCCAAAGAAGAAUUCUACUCAGCAUCUCCAGAGCCCCCGGCAAAGAAUAACCGAAAGAAAAAGCUGAAACAAAAGGUAUCUGCAUUCUCUGACCCCACCUCACCAGCAGACCAGCAACCUAUUCCUGGGCACCAGAAGAACUCACACAAUCACCCCAAAAAAAGGAACAAGCAUCGCUGCUCCUCUCCACCCCCUCCUCAUGAGUUCAGAGCAUACCAGCUGUAUACCUUGUACCGUGGAAAGGAUGGGAAAGUUAUGCAGGCACCAAUAAAUGGAUGUCGUUGUGAACCAUUGAUCAAUAAACUGGAGAAUCAGCUGGAGGCAACUGUUGAGGAGAUAAAAGCAGAGUUUGGAACUGUGCAGGAUAAGAUGAACACAAAACUGGGCCAGAUGGAGAAUAAGACCCAACAUCAGCUACGAGUUCUGGAUAAGUUGAUGGCUGAGCGACUGUCAGCAGAGAGAUCGGAUUGUCUGAACCGUCUGCAGCAACAUACUGAGCUGGAGAAGCAUGAGGGAGAGAAACGACAGGUGUCUCUGGUAGAUGAAUUGAAAACAUGGUGUAUGUUAAAGAUUCAGAACCUGGAGCUGAAACUUUCCGGAGACUCCAGAGCCUCCAGGCCUAAAUCAACCCCAUCUACUUCUGAAUCCCUCACAGGUGCAGACCAAUCAGUGGUUACUACUACCAGUCCAGCCACUGCUUCUGCUAUCCCUCCUCAGGUUGUUAGGCCCAAGGAAAAGGCACUCAUUAGUUCUACUGCUUCCAACAGACUACAGCAGGAACCGGCAUCGUUAGACUGCGGGAACUCUAAGCUGAGACAUGUUAAGGUACAGACAGCUUUGUUGCCCUCAACUGAAGCAGUUAAGUGUGAGCACCAGGCUGGUCACUGCAUGGACAAAGGUACUCAAACGAAGAAGUCUGGGAAAAGUGGGCAGACAAGACAUAGGCCCCAGCAGCAUGCAUCAACACAUGUACCCGGCAGUACGUGCACCCAGCAACAACCAGCAGACCACCAGGCUGGCCCUCCCGUUCGAGACACCUCCCAAGCUCUAGAAAUUACCCAGUAUUUUUUUGAGGCUGUAUCUACACAAAUGGAAAAGUGGUAUGAGAGGAAGAUCGAGGAAGCCCGGUGCCAAGCCAAUCAGAAAGCACAGCAAGAUAAGGCUACACUAAAAGAACACAUUAAGAGUUUAGAAGAGGAACUCAGUAAGCUAAGAACUAAAAUACAAAAGGAAAGUUAGCACCUAGGCACGGAGGGGUUAAAGUACUUUGGAUGAUUUCUGAUUUUGCCAUGAACGACAAUAGCUGAGAUUGAAGCAUUCUUCCUGGUGCACAAAGACUUGCCUUUAAACACAGACAUACACAUACAAUACUUAAUUUCUGAAAUGUGAUCGUUACGUGACUUCUUUGCCCUGAUUGUUGAAGUUUUCAUACCUGAAACCAAGGGGAAUCGUGUCAAGUUUCAUCACAAACCCAAAACUCAGUUCAGGUUCAUGGGAAGAUUUUAGUCCUGGAUUGAGUGGGCCAGGCUAAGAAGAUUGUGAAACUGUGGAAUAUAUUAAAUGGUUUCAAGCUUUAGCCUAAUGUUUGGGAGGUAUGAAAUACGUGCACCAAAAACCAAAAGAAAAGCCCUUUGUGAAUUCAAGCCAACUGGUUCCACAUUUAUGUUCAAACUCACCUGCUGUGCCUCGACAAUGAUAGAUCUCUGAAUGAUCUGUGACUUUGAGAUGAACUGAACUAUACCUGUCAAGCUUGCCAUUUUUAUAAGUCUGACAAAAAAAAAUAGGGAAAAAAGAUUUAGAGGGGAAUGAAAUUUUCUGAUUUUCAUGCAGUCCCCCUUACAAAACUGUAAUCCAAAAAUAACUGAAAAGAGGAAGAGUCUAAAACCCAUUGUAAUCAUGUGGAUUAUGAUAGUAUAAGUAUAUUUAAAUAAAUUAUUUGUGACAUGGUUAAUGGAAGUGGUUAUAUUAGCAGAGUUGGAAAUUUUUGCUAAGAUUAGAGCUUCUAAUGAACACUUGUUUACAGUUGCUAUGUUUGUGAACCAGUUUUCUUUGGCCAAUCUUAGAAUCAUUUUAAAACAAACUAAUGGA